AUGACUUCGAACAUCCGCUACUUUAUUUUCACACUUUGUGCUUCGGCUUACGCGGAUGUUUCACAUUUCUUGGGCGACGAUUACGACUACUAUUCGCAGCAACAGCAAUUACCAGCAUAUCCUGUAGCAUUAGCGCCACAAGAUCCCUCUCUGCCCAGCCUGUAUGCGGUGCCUCCACUGCUGCCAGGAGAUAUACCUGCUAAUGGCACGUUUCCAGAUCCCGCGGCGCCAACCGCACCGCCAACAUCCACACAUUCACCCGUAGCACCAGUGCGUCCUUCCAGUACAGAAUUCACAUUGCCUGAGAUUGUGGAGAAUCGCAGCGCUAAGAGUGGUGGUAUUGGUGGCAGAUUUAAUUUUAUACCAUUGAAUAAUCAGUAUUUGACACCCGCAGUGGAUCAACCUAAUUAUGAAGUAUCGAAACGACCGCCAAGUUUUGGCGGCUACUUUUAUCCGCGCCCCACAUCCACUUUCUUUCCAACAGCCACCACCACCACCAGUACUACAACUGAGCCGCCCAACCCCAUUGUGGUACUUGAUCCACCAGAUAUUCUGCCUUCAAUUGGCAACGGCGGUUAUAAUUAUAAUGUACCUGCUGGCCCGCCAUUUCAGCUGCCACCACCCUCUACACCCGCACCCGUUUAUCUGCCAUCGGAUGGCAACUCUAUUGGGAGUUCAGCAGCUGGUAGCGCUUUGCGUCUACGCGUACACGAAAUGCGUUGCAUGCAACACACUGGUGCCGGCUAUUUUCGUGCCGUACUAAAAGUAGACAGCUUUAUAGGUGCAGCUCCCGUAGUCGACAAUGAUUCGAGUGACAAGCGUUGCGAGUUGAAAUUGACACGCAGCUAUGUUGUGGCCGAUAUCGCAGGGGAUGCCUUUGAAAGGUGUGGUGUGCAUGCGUGCGACAAGGAUUUGUGUCUGCGCCUGCGUUUUCCUAGCAUUCGCGGCAUGCGCACAAGCGCGGAUGGCAUACUGACACUGCACUGCAAGACGCAGGAGCGUGUGGCGGUCAAGACGCAUGCGCUCAAAAUGAGAGUUUCCAAUGACUUGCAAGCACGCAGUUUGGGUACAUACGCGCACGGCGGCACACAGCUGCCUUUUCGCACGCACGUAGAGCUACUGCGGCGCACAGCCAAAGGGUUUACGCGCCAACUGGAUGCGCACAGCGCUGUGCUGCUCGGCGAAGAGUUGCUGCUGCGCGCGCAUGUCAUCGCAGGCGAUGGUUGGAAUUACACCAAAUUGACGGAUGUUAAUGUGCAACGCGUUUCACCUACCGGGGAACUGCUUAACAAUGUUGCGCUUAUCACCUCACGCGGUUGCAUUAAUCCCUCCAUGCAAAGUGUUUGUACGCAACCGCCCAGCUUCGAUCCGCCACUCGGCCAUCGCUUAGCCUUCAAAGCUGUAAUGGUUCAGGGUAUGCGCAGCGGCGAUGAGCUCAUCAUAUCCAUGCGCAUUACUGGCUGCCUGGAGGCGCACGAUUGUCACGUAGAUGCCAGCAAUUGCAGUGCAGUGAACAAUCUGUGGCGCCGCAAGCGUAAUGCGAGUGCAAACAGGGCAGAGACGACGAGCCAGCAAAGAGCAUCGAAUGGAAGCGAAGUAUCGGAGAUAUCACGUAUUGCAUUCAGAGUUAUAAUGCCAGGCGAAGGUGCACAGAAGCUUAAAGGUACUGAUGCAAGCGAAAGCAUAGAGCGUAAAGAACAAGCAGCAACUGUUGCUACGCCAUUGUGGGAGAAAACGCAUGGCGCUAUGUUAGUGGAGUUGAGCGCAGUGAAAUUAAUUUCCGCUGUGGGUUUUGUGUUAUUGCUGACCUGUCUGGGCAUUUUCGCUGCAGUAAAGCUGACAAAGUAA